GGAGGGACUAAAUUUAGUUUACCUUUACAAAUUUCUGGCUUUGAGCCUCUGUUAGAAGAUAAGACAAAUUACUUAGAAGAACAAAUAUCUCGCGACUUGCGAUAUCAUAACUCCAUCAUCCAUGGCCUCCAUCAUCCAACGAACACAAUGGCAACUCUUCUCCCCGUAACCGCCACUCCCACUCUCUCCCUCACCAAAACCCUCACUCUCCCUCUCCACAAACCCUACUCACUCUCCUAUAAAUUCAACUCCCUCGUCUCCCGCUGCUCCCUCUCCGACCGCGAGGAGCACCGCUGGCUUCGCGAGGAGCAGCGCUGGAUCCGCGAGGAGCAGCGGUGGCUCCGCGAGGAGCAGCGGUGGGCGCGCGAGCGCGAACUCCUCCUCCGCGAGAUCUCCGAGCUCAAGCUCCAAAUCCAAGCGCUGGAGCGUCGCGCUCUGACGCACGACUUGUCUUCUCCGGCUUCCGUCUCCGACGCCGUCGCGAAUGUGACGUUGCUCUUGCAGGUGUUCGGUUCGAGCGUGCGGAACACGGAGGAAGAGGAAGAGGCGGAGGAGGAGAAGCGAUUUGAAGAGGUCGUGGAGCGUGAGAAGGAGGUUGUGGUGGUUGAGGAGGUCGCUGCUAGGCUUGAAAAGAGGAGCGCGUUGCGGAAAGGUUCUGAAGGCGAAGAGGUUCGACAUAUGCAGGAAGCGUUAUUGAAAUUGGGGUUUUACUCGGGUGAGGAAGACAUGGAGUAUUCAAGCUUCUCUAGUGGAACUGAGCGUGCUGUGAAGACUUGGCAAGCUGCAUUAGGUGCCCCUCAGGAUGGUAUCAUGACAGCUGAACUUCUUGAAAGGCUACAUUUGGAGGUAAGGACCAAGGACACGGGCAGCGCAACUCAAGACAGACAAUCUUCUACUGUUUUACCGAAGGAAGGUGAAAAUGGAGCUGCAGUUGCUUCCGUGACAGAAAUUUCAGAUGUUCAGCAAAAAGUAGUGAAAAGCGAUGAAGGAGCAGAAGUCUCUGAUCGGCGAGUUUUUCUCCUUGGAGAGAAUCGGUGGGAAGAACCAUCAAGACUUGUUGCAAGUGGUGGAGUUGAUAGGAGCAAGAAAAAGGAUGUAAUGACAAAAUGCCUUCAAUGUCGUGGGGAAGGUCGCUUGUUCUGUACAGAAUGUGAUGGAACUGGCGAGCCAAAUAUUGAACCUCAAUUUUUGGAAUGGGUGGAGGAGGGUACAAAAUGCCCAUAUUGUGAAGGCCUAGGGUAUACUGUAUGUGAUUUAUGUGGAGGGAAAACUAUGGUAUAGGUAUGACAUGCAUUUCUUCAUUGUUUCAUACAGGUAUAUAGUUAUCAAUAUCAAUGCAUCACAAUUUUUGUAUACCUAUAUGUUUUAUUUUCAGUUCUUGAUUGAACUGAUAAAGAUACGCAAUCCAAAACAAAUCUUAUAGUGAACGUUAGUGCAACCAUUCAAACGGUAUAGUAUAUUAUUUAAUCAUCAAAACCUAGAAAUAGGAACUUAAUAUUUGAGAGAUUUUCAGGGCUUAGGACUUGGGAGCUUUACAGAGCUACGUGAAACUCUGCGGAGAAACCUCGCAAAUUACAACGUAGAUUAAACGGUGCAUGCAAUUCUAAACCUUCAGAAUAAAUGAGGUCUCAGGUCAUAUACCAUUGAGUACACUUAAACAUACAUUUUUCCCUUGUCCGAACUAAACUUCAUGAUUUAUUAAAUCACAAAAAUAUGCAAUGCUCUGUUAAUUUGUGAAUGUCAUCUCGAAUACUAUUAGGCCAUAAGCUAAAACAUAUUUAUGGUUGACGAGAAUGGCAAAUCAAGGACUGGAUAUAGGCUCUUAUAGCAACGUUUGCUAUAGUUUGAGCAGUCUCCGAAAGUUCUUCGAGGGAACUUGAAAUAAAGGUGAAGUUUGAUGGGG